CGAUUAUAUGUGUGAAACAACACUUUCGCCAAACAUUAAUAUAUUGUUGACUGUUGUGGACGGUAUUAGUCGAUGAAAACAUGAUUCCCUACCGAAUCCCAUGGAGAAGCCUAACCAGURUUGCGGUGCAAAUGAUAGCCGUAGCCCUCAUUGCUAUCGAAAGAGAUGUUAUGCACCGUAAUGUUAAUAACGCCCGACCCUAUCGUGAUAGCUAUGACUAUAUAGUGAUCGGUGGUGGUAGUGCUGGCUGUCCAGUAGCCCGACGUCUCUCAGAUGCUGGACAUAGCGUAUUACUUCUGGAGGCCGGACCCGUCCAGAGCUUUAUAUCAGAUGUUCCCGGAAUAGAACGGACAUUGUUAAGAGAUAAUCCCCAAUACAACUGGUUAUAUAUAACAGCACCACAACGUAAAAUAGGUUUGGGCCGUACAAUACCAGGUGUUUAUAUUGAGGACAAGGGUCGCGCAUUGGGCGGUACAUCAACUAUAAAUCGUAUGGUAUGGAUCAGACCAAAUCCCCGUGAUAUGGAUAAUUGGGUUCAUACAUAUGGCGCUGAGGGCUGGAGUUGGGCCGAGACGUUGCCAAUAUUUACCAGAAUUGAAAAUAAUAGUGACUAUCAAGUGGUCUCUCAAAAUCCCGAAUAUCACGGAACACAUGGACCGGUGGGUAUCACAACUGUCAACCCAAAAGACAACUUCAUUCUGGAUCAGGUUCGCCAAUCAUACAACUCAUUGGGCAUUCCCAUUGUCGACCUCAACGGUCCGACACAAUUGGGAACUAACUUUGUUCAGCUCAGUAUUGAAGACGGAUGGCGUGAAAGCUCUGCCAAUGCAUACUUGGAUCCGAACCCCAAUCCCCACAACCUGUACAUCUCAACUGAUUCCUAUGUGACUCAAAUACUUAUAGAUGAUGUUCACGGAAAACCUACGGCUACUGGAGUKCAGUUUGAUGUCACUGAUGCUUACGGUAAACGGGAGACAUAUCGUGUGCGAGCAAACAAAGAGGUCAUAUUAAGUGCGGGCUCUUACGGUUCGCCACAUUUGUUGAUGUUGUCCGGCAUCGGACCUAAAGAUCACUUGAGCCAAAUAGGAAUUAAUACUAUAGUAGACCUACCGGUUGGUUACAAUCUGCAAGAGCACGUCCAGGUAUCAGUCGAGAGUCUCAUCAAAGACCCCCAACCGUUCCUCAAUGACUUUCCUGAGUUAACCACUGAAAAGUUAUAUCAGUUAAUCAAGAAAAAUAUGGGUCCACUUAGUUCGUCACCUGUUGUCCACACUUUCAUCAAUACUAAGUCUAACUCGGAAGAGCCCAAGUGGCCAAAUGUUGUACUUUCCAAUCGUUUCUUACAAUUUUCGACCAAUUUGUCCGAACUUAUUGAGAUUUAUAGUAAAGAACAGUURCAUGAAUGGGCUCAGUAUUACUACCCAUUGAUGGGCGCACCCUAUUUAUUAACAGACAUAUUUGUAAGGCGCACCCGUAGCGUAGGUCGUGUUUGGCUUCUUUCCAAAGACCCUUAUAUUUUGCCAGCAAUUGAUCCCAAUUUUUUUGGUGACGAACGUGACUUCGAGGACCUGUUAGAAGCAUUCAAAUUCCAGCUCUAUUUUCUGCAGAACUCUGCCAUCGCUAAGUAUGUUCGCCUUAUCGAUACACCUGUGCCUCCUUGUGCUCAACUCUUCUGUAAAGAUCGACCCAUUGAACAGUGCGAUGACUAUCUUAAGUGUUAUAUCACUAAAAUCGGAGACAAAGAGCACCAUUCAGUUGGUACGUGUCGUAUGGGAGAUCCGCACAGAAAAGACACUGUUUUGGAUCCCAAACUCAAAGUUAAAGGCGUCGAUGGGUUGAGAGUAUGCGAUGCAUCAGUUAUGCCGCGCUUACCUAAUACUAACACCAAUGCCGUGUCCAUUAUGAUUGGCGAGAAGUGCGCCGAUAUUAUUAACAGUAAUGGAGGUUAUGGUAAUCACAAUAGUAAUAGUCUCGGUUAUAGCAAAGAAAUAAUAGUUAGCGAUAGUGGACACGGAUAUGAUAGCGAUAGUGUUAGUAAUGUUUAUGUAAGCAAUGAUAACAAGUAUUUAAAAGCUUAAUGAUUGCCAAAUAAUAACUUUUAUAUUAUAUAAUGUAUACUGAUAUAUAU